GUCACAGAUUGACUGUUCUUGCAUGAGCAUGCAUGAUGCAUGGGAUGGACGUGGCGGCCGCAGGGACUUGACCUUUUUCCCAGAAUGCCUUGGGGAAUUCACUGCAGCGAUCGAUUAGCGUCAUUUCGAGGCUUCCCUUGGUAUAAAACUGGUGUAUUCAGGGAAGCUAAUCGAACGUCAGUCAACCAUGGGCACUUGCCCAAACCGGCUUCUUGAAAAGAAUAAUGACAACUUCGCUUAGUCCAUGCGUAAGUCCGAUGCAAAAUCUUCACAACAGAAUAUGAGCUGUUUGAUCAAACGGAAUAUCGCUACAUUAAUGACUGUGCCAAGAGUACUGCAGCAACGUCAAUGUGCGACCAUGCUUCCCAGCAUUACAGUCAAUCCACAGUCCAGUUUCGUAGACGACAUUGUAGCCGUUGUAGCCAGCGGUUUGCCACCCAACAGCGCGGUCAGCGUUGGAUCAAUCCUGCGGGAACGAGAUAAGGUUUUUCAAUCACUUGGCCAUUUUGUGGCUGAUCAGAAUGGCCGAGUUGACCUCAGCACUCAGCAAUCUCAUGGUGGCAGCUAUACAGGCAUAGAACCUAUGGGACUUGUCUGGAGUCUGCACCCGGGUCCAGACCAAAAGAAGGGCAUCGGCUUCGUGAAGCAGGACGUGAGGUCUCCUGUCGAGCUCAUGUUCGCCGUCUACGGUGAUCACUUGGAGUUACCCUCGCUCCUUUCGGCACAGCCACUGGCGACGACCAAAAUAAGUCGAUGGUUCAUGAAGGAUACUGAGGUUGAAAGAAUCAAGGUCAACUCGGGGAGAAUCCGGGGAAUUCUCUUCAAACCCAAAGGACCGGGUCCUUUUCCGGCAGUGAUUGACAUCUAUGGCUUGGCAGGGGUCUUCACUGAGUGCCGAGCAGCUUUACUUGCUUCCCGAGGAUUUGCUGUCCUAGCUUUACCCUUCUUCAGUUACGAGGACCUCCCUCGGUCUUACACAUAUCUUGAGUUUGAAUAUUUUGAGGAGGCAACUGCCUGGCUAUCGUCUAAGCCCUUCGUGCCUUCAGACAGAAUUGGCAUUUUAGGCAUGUCUUUUGGCGGCAGCUUGGGUCUGGAGAUGGCUUCCCGACUACCGCAGAUAAAAGCAGUUGUAGCUAUUUCGAGUCUUCCAAUCAUUAUAACACACCUGACGUACCAAGGGAAGAAAGUCCCCUCUGCACAUCAACCGGAUAUUCGCAAAGGCUACACUACCGAGGAAGGCUUUGUAAUGAAAGACAUUUUUCUAGCAGACGUGAAUGACUUACCACAGGAACAACUGAUCAGUGUGGAAAAGUCAAGGGCGAAUUUUCUGUUCAUAACUGGUGAGGAUGAUCAGAAUGUCCCAUCUGUAGAGAGCGCCAGACGGAUUGUCCAGAAGCUGCAGUCUCACGGCAAGACGAAUUACGAAGUGCUGAGCUAUCCAGGGGCGGGGCAUCUACUAGAACCUCCCUUCCAGCCUGUAGGGAGGGGACUGUAUAAUGCUGCAUUGGGCGUGAUAGUCGACUUUGGUGGGGAGAUGAAGCUCCACGCCCAUGCCUGCCAGGAUGCAUGGGCCAAAACUCUCUCCUUCCUGCGUAGACAUCUGACAACAGACGGAGGAGACUGGCAGCAAGGAACAUCAUCAAAAGAACCUGGCUCUACGGAAACACACCAGUCAUCAAGAAACAGCCAGCUGUAAUUACAAUUACAGAAAACCUUAGUAAAGUAUGACCAGUCCAGCAGUUUAGGUCACCUGGUGCCUUUCCUGCUCUCACCGUAUCUUUUCUGUCUAGUGUUGAGUGUGAUCGGUCGACAUACCUGAGUCACCUGGUCUCCCGACUGUCUUUUUUUUUUUUACAUUCCUUUUCUUCACCCUACACUCUCAUAGUCAAGCAUAGUAUAGCAUUAAACCAGAGCGGGAAUGCCGUGUAGACCGUUCUCUGCCAUUGCGCUUAUUCAAGCAUUCACUCGGCAUUGCACUCUUACAAAGACAUGUACAUGUAUUAAAUCGCAGCCGUGCUGGCCGUGCAGUGUGCUUCAUAGACUUUGUUGCUGCCCUGCAUUCUUCGAUACUUCGUUCCAAAGCUUUAGUUUUGCACCACCCUCCUUUGUCGGUGCGGGUUGGUUGCUUGAGCGGUUCAGGAAAUGAAUCACUCUGCCCCUGAUCCUCCAUGAGCGAACUAUCAACAUAAUUUGCUUGUGAACAUUGCUCGCUUCUGUACUGCAGGCAUAACCAAUCUUAGUGCUGUACAGCCAACCUGUUCUCUUGUUGACUGUCUGUCUGAAGUCGUCAGACACCGCAUAUGAUCUUUGCGUGCCUUACACCGUUGACCUAGUCCUGGCGGAAUGGUACAUCGUCUGUCAUUGACUGUCGUUUUUAAACAUCUUGCAACUCAUUUGAAUUAUUUAAGAGUCGGUUCAAGUAUCCCUAUCAAUAAACCGCAAUCUUAGCCUGAAUUACAAGCUGUGAAAUUUGUAUAAAUAAAAUAUAUGUAGAGUCAAGGGUUUUGUGCCGCCAUAUACGUGUUUCCUAAAAGAGGACUAAAAGACGACAAUAGUUGAAACGCUUGAAAUGGAUGGUUUGUUUGUAGUCCUCCCAUGAGGAAAUUCCAUUUCUUGCAGGAAACGUGCAGAGCCAUUAUUCUGUCCAGAACGUUGUGCUGCUUGCUAACGAAGCGUCAUGUUAAAAUAAAUCUAUCAAAAUAAAGUCCUUUUGAACAAGAAGAACAGAAGGCCUGGUGUGUGUCUUUUAUCGUUGAAAUCAUGACCCCUUUCGGAUUGUGUUGCUAUUUAUUCGGCAUUUAUACUGUUGAUUAGUUUCAGCAGAAAGCCUCAAAGCUCAGUUUACCCUCCGCUUAGUCGUUGGGCGCCGCUCCUCCUACUUUGUGCAUGUGAUGCGGAACCACUGUUAGGUGCGACAUUUGCUUAAUUAAUAUAAACCCCUCCACGCACUGCUUUCUGCCACUAGCAAGAUGGCAAUAAUGGAAUGCCUUGUGGAAAGUUAUUCGCUGCAUUUGUCUACACAGUGUCAGAAAUUGGGGCACAGCCUUUGGACAGGGGGUGCCCCAUGCCUCCCCCUCACGCAACUGACUACUUUGGUUUUUUUUAUUCCUUCCUCCACGAUUUGACUAGAUUCCACGGCCACGGUCUUACCCUGGCCUUGGGAUGGUCUUGUGCGCUAAUGCACCCUUCAUAAAAUACACUAUGGGUCGGAAUUCAAUAUAAAAAAUACACACGUGGAUUAUUAAAAACAUCAUAAUAUGUACCACAAUGUAAUACAGGACCAUAUAAUUAUAAACCAAAUAGAAUUAAUGUUGACAAAAGAAUGUGGGAACCCCCCCCCAGCUCUGACAAACCCUGCUGUCAACACUCGAGGAAAACCAACAUCAGGAGUGUGUUUAAGAUUAAAAAGUACAUAUUCAUCUGAACAGGUGUACCGAUCUGAAAAAUAUGGUCAAUGGCGAAAGAAUCACACUUAUAUAGAUUUAGUGUUUUAACCACUGGAGUAGCCUCCUCUAGCCCUGAAUAAUAAACUACUACGAUGACUAUGUACGUGCAUAUAGUUUAAAAUUGUAUUAACACAUCAAAGAGGUAGUUUUUGCCAGAAUGUACACGUAAGCACUGCAUUCAAACAUAAGGCAUCUUGAAAACACAUUUUACCUGAAUUUUGUGUUAUUAAACUGGAAGGUGGUGAGAUGAAAGGGAGCAAAUAAAACAUUCCGAAUCACCGAA